AUGCCUAUUUCCAACGGUGACGCCGCACUUGGCUCCGCCAUGAAGGCUGAAAUCCAGGACUACACCAAGGCCUUGGAGGUCUUGGAGACCUACACCACCCGUGAUGGUCUGGAUGUGGAUACUCUGCUGGACUCGGACAAGCACGGUGCAUUGACCUACAAUGACUUCCUGGUCCUGCCCGGCUACAUCGGCUUCCCUGCUUCCGAUGUUUCUCUGGACACCCCGGUGACGAAGCGCAUCACUCUGAGGGCGCCCCUUCUGUCGUCGCCUAUGGACACCGUCACCGAGCACAACAUGGCUAUCCACAUGGCCCUGCUCGGUGGACUUGGUGUUAUCCACCACAACUGCUCCGCCGAGGACCAGGCGGAGAUGGUCCGCAAGGUGAAGCGCUAUGAGAAUGGCUUCAUCUUGGAUCCCGUUGUUCUCUCUCCCCAGGCCACCGUCGGCGAGGCCAAGGAGUUGAAGGCCAAGUGGGGCUUCGGUGGUUUCCCUGUCACUGAAAACGGCACUCUUCGCUCCAAACUUAUUGGCAUGGUCACUUCUCGUGACAUCCAAUUCCACCACCAGCUUAACGACCCUGUGACUGCCAUCAUGGCCACAGACCUUGUCACAGCCCCCGCUGGCACUACUUUGGCAGAAGCUAAUGACGUCCUUCGCCAAUCGAAGAAGGGCAAGCUGCCUAUCGUUGACCAGAACGGAAACAUUGUCUCCCUCCUUUCUCGCUCCGACUUGAUGAAGAACCUCCACUACCCUCUGGCCUCCAAGCUCCCCGACUCCAAGCAAUUGAUUUGCUCGGCUGCCAUUGGCACCCGUGAAGAGGACAAGACUCGCCUCAAACUUCUUGUGGAGGCUGGCUUGGAUAUUGUCAUCCUGGACAGCAGCCAGGGUAACAGCAUGUACCAGAUCGAGAUGAUCAAGUAUAUCAAGAAGACCUUCCCCGAGAUUGACGUGAUCGCUGGUAAUGUCGUCACUCGGGAACAGGCGGCUUCUUUGAUUGCUGCCGGUGCCGAUGGCCUGAGAAUUGGCAUGGGCAGCGGCAGUGCUUGUAUCACCCAGGAGGUCAUGGCUGUCGGCCGUCCCCAGGCUGCCGCCGUCCGCAGCGUUUCUUCUUUCGCUGCCCGCUUCGGUGUUCCGUGCGUCGCUGACGGUGGUGUCCAGAACGUUGGUCAUAUCGUUAAGGGCCUUGCUAUGGGUGCUAGCACCGUCAUGAUGGGAGGUCUUCUGGCCGGUACCACUGAGUCGCCUGGUGAAUACUUUGUCAGCAACGAGGGUCAGCUCGUCAAGGCGUACCGUGGCAUGGGCAGUAUCGCAGCCAUGGAGGACAAGAAGGCCGGCGGCGAUGGCAAGGACAGCAAGGCCAGCAACGCCGGUACUGCUCGCUACUUCUCCGAGAAGGACCGCGUCCUGGUCGCCCAGGGUGUCGCCGGCUCCGUCCUCGACCGCGGCUCCGUCACCAAGUUCAUCCCCUACCUCGUUGCCGGUGUCCAGCACUCGCUGCAGGACAUUGGUGUCAAGAGCCUCGAGCUGCUGCACGACGGCGUCAACAAGGGCACUGUGCGCUUUGAAAUGAGAAGCGCCAGCGCCCAGACUGAAGGCAACGUCCACGGUCUGCACAGCUACGACAAGAAGCUUUACUCGUAA